UCUAAAAGAAAGCAGUUCAGGCCUCUUAAGCACACAUCCUUCUUAUCCUUCUUAUGCCGACUCCGACGAUGGUUCUCAAAUCGACUUCGCACAUUCGCCAGAUACCAAUUACCGUCACCGUUUGUCCCCGACAGUCGAACAUGUGCGCUUCGCACGGAUUACCUUCUCCUGCCGUAUGUUGAGCAGCGUCAGAUGCUCUCUAAGACAUUCUAUUCUCACAGACACGAUCCGUCACGGCGACAGAUAUUUUAUUCUCAUAGACACGAUCCAUUACGCCGACAGAACCUAUUUAGGGAUCUAUUUUAUAUCAUGGUCUCGCUAGCAAAAAUCUCACAACCUCGAGUUGGCUCUUUCACCAUUGACAAUAGGGGAUUCAUAACUUUCUAACCGCCCCCUGACUCUCCGGCUCCAAGCUCUGGAAAAUGAAGGCAUCCCAACCAACAUUCACCGC